AUGGCUUGGGAGGAGCGGCAGGGCCGCUGGGCAGACGAGGCCGACCAGGAAGCUGGUUCGCAGUGGCAAGGCCGCUGGUCGGACGAGCCCUACGGUUGGCAGCGGCUGGCAGGACAUCGCCUGCACGACACUGCCAAUGAGCAUGGCUGGCGGGGUGGUGGGAUGCUGCUUGGCAGCCGGGCGAUCCGUGAGGAGCCGCAGCGCCAGGGCGUGUCUCACCGCGAGGCCGAGCGACUUGCGCUCAGCCUGCGCCGCACCCGCGGUGGCAAUGCCGCGCCACGCAGGGAGACGCGACAUCCGCUACAGCGCACGCUACAGCAGCGGCAGAACCCCGCAUUGCGGCAGAGCGCUGAUUUUUUAAAUUAG